AAAAUCGCGAGAGAGAUUAUAUGAGUUUGACGUGAACAACCAUAAAAAAGGCGAGCACCCGAUCCGCGCUCCUCUGCAUGCGCAGUCGCCCUCUUCUGUAUGCGCAGUCGCGCACUGACCGCAUCGAUCCACUCCGCAUCGUUUGCAAUCGCCUUCAUUCAACAGUGAGCUGUUGGCAGCAGUGAUUGGCUCACAAUGACAGACACCGUGAUGGCCACUAAAGGUGUCCAUACAUCAUCUGGACCGUGUGUUGGAGCUGAGCUGACGGAUGAGGAGAAGGAGAUCAUCAACAGCGUCAUCGCCCGGGCUGAGAAAAUGGAGGUGAUGGAGCAGGAGAGGAUCGGACGUCUGGUGAAUCGUCUGGACAACAUGAAGAAAACGGUGUGUGGAGAUGGAGUUUCACGCUGUCUGUUGUGUGGAGAGCAGCUGGGAGCUAUGGGUGUGAAUGCAGUGGUGUGUGAGGACUGUAAGAAGAACAUGUGCACUAAGUGUGGAGUACAGACUAACACUCGACCGCGCUCUGUCUGGCUCUGCAAGAUCUGCGGUGAACAGAGGGAGGUGUGGAAACGAUCUGGAGCUUGGUUCUUCAAAGGUCUCCCUAAACAGUUCUUACCUUCCCCUAUGCCCAUUUCUAAAGCCAAAGAGCCGAGGCCUCAGCAGAACCCCGCUGUACGUCCAGCGGUUGAGCAGUCUCAAACACAGGUCACAGGUCCAAUGGAGAGUCGUUCAUCUGCUCAACAAUCACCGGCUGCAAAUUUAGAGCCCACAAGGGAUCCACCGAUUGCUCCAAAACCGCCUGUGGCUCCAAAACCGUCUGGUCUUCAGUCUCGUGGUUACUCUGAAUCAGAUGGAUCGAGUCCGAACAGUCCUGUAGUGAUGAAGAAAACAAUGAAUGUGAACGCAGCAAGACCCCUCGCAUCAGGAACGACACAGUCAGAGACCGAGAGAGGAAACUAUCAAUCCAAUGUUGUGCAGGACAGAGCGCCACCUGUUGAGCUGGAGGAGAGGAGGAGCGCUGCAUAUAACCAACAUCAAAGCGCUCCACCUGUGGAUGAUGAAGAGGAGACAAACAGCUAUGACUCUGAUGAAGCAACGACUCUUGGAGCUUUGGAGUUCACUUUAUUGUAUGAUCAACAGAACAACAGUCUUCAUUGUAACAUCAUCAAAGCAAAGGGUUUAAAGCCAAUGGAUUCUAAUGGACUGGCAGAUCCGUAUGUGAAGCUUCAUCUGUUACCUGGUGCGAGUAAGUCAAAUAAAUUGCGCACCAAGACGCUGAGGAACACUCGAAACCCGGCCUGGAACGAGACGCUGGUGUAUCAUGGGCUAACAGAUGAAGAUAUGCAGCGCAAAACCCUCAGAAUAUCUGUCUGUGAUGAGGACAAGUUUGGCCACAAUGAGUUUAUUGGAGAAACCAGGUUUGCUCUGAAAAAGCUGAAGUUUAAUCAGAGGAAGAAUUUUAAUGUUUGUUUGGAGCGAGUUGUUCAGACAAAGAGAUCGAGCGCUGCUGGAGGUGCACGAGGAAUCGCUCUCUAUGAGGAUGAGCCCGGGAAGGAUGGAGUCGAGUUGGAGGAGAGAGGCCGUAUUUUGAUAUCCCUCAUGUAUAACAGUCAACAGAGUCGUCUCAUUGUGGGAGUCAUACGCUGUGUUCACCUGGCAGCCAUGGAUGCUAAUGGUUACUCAGAUCCUUUUGUUAAAAUAUGUCUGAAACCCGACAUGGGGAAGAAAGCAAAAAACAAGACGCAGAUCAAAAAGAAGACCCUUAACCCAGAGUUUAAUGAGGAAUUCAGCUAUGAGAUUAAACAUGCAGAACUGGCUAAAAAGACUCUUGAUAUCUCUGUCUGGGACUACGACAUCGGCAAAAGCAACGAUUACAUAGGUGGAUGCCAGCUGGGUAUCACUGCCAAGGGUGAGCGUUUGAAACACUGGUAUGAAUGUCUGAAGAACAAGGACAAGAAGAUUGAGCGUUGGCACGCUCUCGUCAAUGAGAAUCACGUCUCCAGCGAUUAAAGUCUCGACGCUCGUGCAUGCCUUAGACUAUAUCGCUAUAUUCUCCCUCCGGUCACCUGACGUUAUCCUUCAAUAACUGCUUAUCUCCAGCGUCACUCUUCUUGUAUGUUGUCAUCCGACGUGCUUUCAAGAAACCGAUGAUAUCUGGAGCUUCGUCCACUGUGACUCAAAUUCAAGCAAGCAAAGCUUAGCGCUUGUGUGCAAAAGAAGCGCUGCACAAUCAUCUACUUUAAAGAUCUGGCCACAGUAGAAUUGCAAUAGAAACACUGCAAAAAAAUAACAUGUUGUUUAAUCUUGUUUUCAGUGCAAAUAACUACAAAUUCUUAAAUCAAGAUGUAUUUUCUUGAUGAGCAAAAUUAACUAAGAAAAUAAGUAUAGUUUUUAGACAAUAAAUAUUACAUUUAUUACAAUACAAAUAUUACAAUAUUACAAGUAAAUUUGUGCUUAAAGAAAUAUACCAAGGAGGAUUAGGACCAAGCUAAAAUAAAAAAUAAUAACACUGCCAAAAAUGAUUUUCAAGAAAAAAUGUCUUUGUUUUUUGUCUUGUUUUCAGUAAAAAAUAUCUAAAAACUCUUAAAUUAUAAUGACCCAAGAAAACAAGUCUAGUUUUUAGAACAAAAAUAUCAAAUUUAAGUGAUUUUGUGCAUAAAACAAGCAAACAAAUCUGCCAAUGGGGUAAGCUAAUUUUUCUGUUUAAGAAAAAAUUUAGUGUUUAAGAAAAAUUUUUUUGCUUACCCCAUUGGCAGAUUUUUUUUGCUUGUUUUAUGCACAAAAUCACUUACAUUUGAUAAUUAUUGACUUAUUUUCUUGGGUCCAGUGGCGUAGCAAGUCAGUCCCGGGCCCAUAUGCAAAAAAAUGUACGGGCCCCCUUAAGCCAAAGCCCCCCCCAACCUUGCCCAUUGGCACUGUUAACUGUGGCGCGCAGGUCUGUUAACAACAUAUACUUUUAAUAAGGUAGUCAAAUAUUUUUACUUUACUUUUUUACUUUAAAGGGUAGAUUUAAAUAAAGAAAAACAAAAUGUUUUGGGUAGUUUUUGACUCGUGACUAACUUCUCCGCCUUCUCUUUUCUCUUUAAGGCCCCACUUUUAUGUUUAUAUUUGUCCAUUCUUACUUGUCAUGUAUAGCCGCUAUAGUAACCUCUCACACUGUGUUUUUUUUUUUUCGGCGGGGAGGUGCGUCAUGUAAGAAAAUGAUGGCAUAGUAGUCUACGGCAGCCGCGCAAUGCAAAAAAAAUAAAAUAAACGCAAACAUGAAAUGACUGAGAAAUUAGAAAUUAAUGGGUAAUAAGAUAUCACUACACAUGAUAUGCAUACAAAAAUAUAUUUAUUGCGGCCACAAAUAAAAAUUAAAUUGAAUUUUUUUUUAUUAAAAGCUGGGGCGGGCCCCCCUAUUGGCCCGGGCCCAUUUGCACGUGCAUACCCUGCAUGCCCAGACGCUACGCCACUGCUUGGGUCGUUUUGCUCAUCAGGAAAAAACAUCAUAAUUUAAUAGUUUUUAUAUAUUUUUACUGAAAACAAGACAAAAAUAUUAAGACAUUUUUUCUUGAAAAUCAUUUUUUGCAGUGUAGAGAUUAAAGUCAUUAUAAUGCAAGAUUUAAGCUAGUAGUUUUUCAAGAAAAAAAUCUAAGUAAAAUUACGAAAAUAAAGUCAUAAUAUUGCGAGAAUAAAGUCAAUAUAACGAGAAUAAAGUCAUGAGGUUUCGGGAAUAACGUCGAAUAUAUUUUGAGAAUAAUAUCAUAUUUUUACAUUAAUGUGUUUUAAGUGAUGUAAACAAGCAGAUCUGCGAAGCAAAUAUCAAAUUAUAUACAAAUACUAUGACUUUAUUCUUGAAAUAUUAUGAAUUUAUUCUCGUUAUAUUGACUUUAUUCUUGAAAUAUAAAGACUUUAAUCUUGUAAUUUUAUUAAUUUAAACUUUUUCUCAAAAACUUCUAGUUAAAACUUUACUUUGUUUUAAGCACAAAUUCACUUAAAUUGUAUAUUUUUUGUCCAAAAACUAGAAUUAUUUUCUUAGGUCAUUUUGCUCAUCAAGAAAAUGCAUCUGGAUUUAAGAAUUUUUAGAUAUUUGUACAAAAAAAAAUACUAAGUAAGAAAGUCAUUUUUGCAGUAAAUAGCAACUAUAUUGACCUUGUUGUGGGCAUGCCUUAAACACAUUUCUUAAUUCUUAAAAAAAAAUACAUGAAGGUCUUUCUCCUUAAAAGCACUUGACCAUCUGAAACAAGGCAGAUAUAGGAUUUAUUACAAGCCUUCGUUUUAAAGCCCAGGUUUACAGGUCAACGUGGAAUGUCGCUUAUCCGAACACCUGCACUUUCCUGUUCCCGUAACAAAGCCAAAAGUCACUUUUACAAGACUGACCGAUCAUGACUAACAGAUAAACGCUGUGCUCUACAAAUGUUUACAUAUUCUACUAUUGUACGAUUGUGAUAAAGGACAAAAAACAAAAACCAAUCAAGUGCUGUAGAACGGUUAAGAGUCUUAUAGUUUAGAACUUCUUAGAAAUGACUCGAUUCGAGUGAUCUAAUCUGCUGUUUAGAUACGUUUAGGUAGAUCUUCUCAUGAAGACAACGUUUUGUGACACAUCUUGUUUGCUUGCAUGCUUGAUUCGUCUGAUCUGAAGUUGUUUUUUUCUUCUUUGUGUCUUAUAAGCACCACAAACCUCUCACAUACAGAAAUGUGUCUUCAUUCAUCAAGUCUAUUGACUUAUAUGUUUACAUUAAAGGUGGUUCACUAUUCUGGCACAUCUGCAAAAGGUUUAAGUGACCAUCAUGUUUACAUCAUUAAAAUAGUGAGAGGAAAUGAGAGGAUGAUGAUGAUUAGAGAGAUAAGGAGGAAGAGAGAGAGAGAGAAAGACCUGAACCUACAGCCCAAUACAGCAAAGCACAUGAAAAAUGAAAGGACCUCGAUGUUUUUAGUGCUCUUUGCCGUUAUCAUUGCCAACUCUUAUGCAUGUGAACCUCUUCUUUAUUCUUACUGUAUAGAUCUCAUUUCCUUUAUAGUAUUUUCUUCUUAUUGUAGGUCAGUUAGUUCCUCUGAAGAAUGCAUUUUGACAUUUCACAUGCAUAAGUAUUACUUUACUCAACUGUAUUCAUUUUCAAGAAAAAAGAAUAAUAUAGCACACCAGUGUCAUAUUUUUUAAGGAUUUGUCAGGUUAGUUUGUGAAUGUAUAUUGGUAUAAAUAAGAUUGAUAUACGAUGAUGUUCUCUCAUUCUUCUGUAUUUGUAUAUAUAUAUAGUGCAUGUAUUUGGCACAGCAGGGAAAUGUUUCUGUUUGAACUUUGCAUGUAAAGAUUUUACCUGGAGUUCAAACCACAGGCCAAUAAAAGCCAAUAUAAGCUGCAUAUUUA